AUGAACACUGGAAUCGGAGAUGUUGGGGCACAACAUUUGGCUGAUGCAUUACAACACAACACAUCACUCACCACACUAGAUUUCUACCACAAUAAAAUCGGACAAGUUGGAGCACAACAUUUGGCUGAUGCAUUACAACACAACACAACACUAAUCACACUACGUCUAAAUUCGAAUCAAAUUGGAGCUGUUGGAGCACAACAUUUAGCUAAUCGGUUACAACACAACACAUCAAUCACCGAACUAGAACUCCAAUGGAAUCAAAUAGGAGAUGUUGGAGCACAACAUUUGGCCGAUGCAUUACGAUACAACACAACCCUCACCAUACUAGAUCUCGAAGCUAAUAAAAUCGGAGAUGUUGGUGCACAACAUUUGGCCGAUGCAAUACGAUACAAUACAGUAACUGUUCUUUCUCUCUUUAUCUGUAUCAUGACAUUACUUGCACUUUUCCAUCUAGACACUCACUAUACUAAAUAUCUGGAACAAUGA